ACUCGUCCGGCUGCUGCCAGCGAGGAAAAUGUCACCGCCGCGCUACCGUCCUGGCCGCCGCGUCCUUUUCCUCCUCCUGGCCAUGCUGCUGCCCUCACUGCCCCCAACCCGCGCCCCAGCGCCCCCGGGCCCCGCCGCCGCCCUGCUCCAGGCUCUCGGGCUGCCCGACGUGCAUCGGGGCGUCCCCACGCCUCGGCCCGUACCCCCCGUCAUGUGGCGCCUCUUCCGCCACCGGGACCCCCAGGAGGCCAGGGUGGGCCCGCGGCGGAUGCCCCAGGAGACCACCCUGAGACCGUGCCACGUGGAGGAGCUGGGGGUCGCCGGAAACAUCGUGCGCCACAUCCCGGACCGCGGUGCGCCCACCCGGCUCCCGGAGCCCGCCUGGGCCGCGGGGCAGUGCCCUGAGUGGGCCGUCGUCUUCGAUCUGUCCGCCGUGGAACCUGCAGAGCGCCCGAGCCGAGCCCGCCUGGAGCUGCGCUUUGCGGCGGCUGAGGCGCCGGCCAGCUGGGAGCUGAGCAUAAGGCAGGCGGCGGAGGGCCAGGUCGCGGGCGCCGGGCCGGUGCUGCUCCGUCAGGCGGUGCCCACCCUGAGAACGCCGGUGCGCGCCGAGCUGCUGGGCGCCGCCUGGCCCCGCAACACGUCGGCGCCGCGCAGCGUUCGCCUGGCGCUGGCGCUGCGUCCCCGGGCCCCCGCCGCCUGCGCGCACCUGGCCGAGGCCUCGUUGCUGCUGGUGACCCUCGACCCGCGCCUGUGCCCACUGGCCCGGCCGCGGCGCGAAGCUGAGCCCGCAGUGGGCGGCAGCCCCGGGGGCGCCUGUCGCACGAGGCGGCUCUACGUGAGCUUCCGCGAGGUGGGCUGGCACCGCUGGGUCAUUGCGCCGCGCGGCUUCCUGGCCAACUACUGCCAGGGCCAUUGCGCACUGCCCGGCCACGCUGUCGGGCCGGCGGGUUCGCCCCCGCUCAACCACGCCGUGCUGCGCGCACUCAUGCACGCGGCUGCCCCCGGCGCCGGCGGUCUGCCCUGCUGCGUGCCUGCGCGCCUGUCGCCCAUCUCCGUGCUCUUCUUCGACAACAGCGACAACGUGGUACUGCGGCACUACGAGGACAUGGUGGUGGAUGAGUGUGGCUGCCGCUGACGGAGCCAGAGGGGGGCCCAAACAAUAAAAUACUGCGUGGUCCGCU